UAUAAAGGCACGCUCAGCGCGCGUUCGUUACUUGAUUUCGUGUUAGACGCCGUACAAUGCCCGAAUCAAUGGUUACCGAGCAACAACCUGAGGAGUUCGCGUUUCAGGCUGAGAUCGCCCAGCUUAUGAGCCUGAUUAUCAACACUUUCUACUCCAACAAAGAGAUAUUUCUUCGUGAGCUUAUAUCUAAUGCUAGUGACGCUCUGGACAAGUUGAGGUAUAAGAGUUUGACUGAUCCAUCAGUUCUUGAUUCCGGAGAAGAUAUGUAUGUGAAGUUGAUACCCAACAAGGAGGCUGGAACUUUGACUGUCCUGGAUACUGGUAUUGGUAUGACGAAAGCAGAUUUGAUUAAGAAUUUGGGUACCAUCGCUUCCUCUGGCACGAAGGCGUUUAUGGAGGCUCUGGCUGAUGGUGCAGAUAUAUCGAUGAUUGGUCAAUUUGGUGUAGGUUUCUAUUCUGCCUACCUUAUAGCCGACCGGGUUCAAGUAGUGACGAAAAAUAAUGAUGAUGACCAGUACAUUUGGGAGUCGUCCGCUGGUGGAACUUUCACAAUCGCACCAGAUGACAGUGAGUUGCCAAAACGAGGCACUAAGGUGAUAUUGCAUCUCAAAGAAGAUCAACUAGAUUUUCUUGAAGAGAGAAAAAUUCGAGAUAUAGUGAAGAAACAUUCUAAUUUUAUUAACUAUCCCAUCAAGCUGGUUGUUAAUAAAGAGCGGACCAAGGAAGUGUCUGAUGAUGAGGCUGAAAAGUCCGAGUCGAAAGAAACUGACGAGUCUGACGACAAACCGAAAGUCGAAGAUCUAGAUGAAGACGAGGAAGAGGAGAAUAAGGAAAAGAAAAAUAAAAAGAAGGUUGUGGAGAAGUAUACUGAAGAAGAGCAACUGAACAAGCUUAAACCGCUCUGGACGCGUAAUCCUGAAGAUAUAAAUACAGAAGAGUAUGCCGAGUUUUACAAGUCGCUUACUAAUGACUGGGAGGACCAUCUUGCCGUGAAGCACUUCUCUGUUGAAGGACAGUUAGAGUUCCGAGCGUUGCUGUUUGUGCCUAAACGUGCACCUAUAGACAUGUUUGAAGGGUCACGUAAGAAGCGAAACAAUAUCAAAUUGUAUGUGCGAAGAGUGCUGAUCAUGGAUACGUGUGAUGAUAUGAUUCCUGAGUACUUGAAUUUCGUCCGAGGCGUUGUGGAUAGUGAAGACCUGCCCCUUAACAUCAGUCGUGAGGUGUUGCAGCAGAACAACGUAUUGAAGGUUAUUCGUAAGAGCCUGGUCAGGAAAUGUAUUGAGCUAUUUGAGGAGAUAGCGGAGGAUAAAGAUAACUACAAGAAGUUUUACGAGCAAUACUCGAAAAGUAUAAAACUGGGCAUCCAUGAAGAUAGUGUUAAUAGGGGGAAGCUGUCCGACUUACUGCGUUUCUAUUCCUCAGCUUCUGGUGAUGAAAUGAUCAGCAUGAAGGAUUAUGUAUCACGUAUGAAGCCUGAACAACAAGAUAUUUACUACAUAACAGGUGAGUCAAAGCAAGCUGUAAUGAAUUCACCAUUUACUGAGAAGCUUACUCAACGUGGAUUCGAAGUACUGUUCAUGGUUGACCCGAUUGACGAAUAUGCUGUUACCCAUAUACGGCAAUACGAAAACAAGAAGCUGGUUUGUGUUACGAAGGACGGUCUUCAAUUACCUGAGAGUGACGAGGACAAAAAGCAAUUCGAAGAGCUGAAGUCGUCGUUCGAAACGCUGUGCAAAGAGAUCCAGCAAAUCCUCGGCAAGAACGUUGAGAAAGUUAGUAUUUCGAAUCGACUUACCAAUUCCCCAUGUUGCGUUGUAACUUCAGAGUUUGGAUGGUCUGCUAACAUGGAGAGGAUCAUGAAAGCCCAGGCACUCCGGGAUUCCUGUACGAUGGGUUAUAUGGCAGCCAAGAAACAGCUAGAGCUGAAUCCGUACCACCCUAUGAUCAAAGCCUUGAAACAACAGUUUGAGAGUGGCAGUUCAACCAAACUUGUUAAGGAUCUUGUGCAACUGUUGUUCGACACCGCACUUCUCUCUUCAGGAUUCUCACUACCUGAUCCCAAGAUACACGCAAAGAGCAUCCACCAUAUGGUUUGCAUGUGCCUGGAUAUUCCUGAUGAUGAAAUAAAGGCGAACGAAAUCCCAAGUGACGGUAUCCAGAAAGAUGCUGCACCUGAAGCUACAGUUGACGAAGAUGGUAUGGAAGAAGUGGAUUAGCAUGUUUGCAUUUUGUAUAUAAUCGGUGACUAAUAAACUUUGCUCUCAAAUUAGUUGUUUUUUCUAUAUCGACUAAAAUGUUGUCGUUAAGUAGUAAGUUCCUUCCAACAUUUGCGCGCAAGCCUAGAAGGAUAGGGGGUGUCCAGACGGGCAUGCAGUACCUAGAGGUUGUUGCAUUAGCGUACGUGGUCGGGCACUAGCACCAUUAAGCGGUUGUCCGUGUCAGUUUGUUAGCUUGCGAGUAGGAAGUAAGGUCUGUGACGUGAUAUCAAUGUCGGUAGUUCGUUUGAAUCGAAUGAUAGGACUAUUCGUCAAACGUUGUUGAUACUACUGAGAAGUUUGUUGAAGACAAGUGACUCGUGCUCUGGGGCUGUAAGUGGAUUUGCUCGACGACUCAGUUAAGCGAGAUGAUUUCAUUUGAGACAGUAAAUAUUUAGUUGAGUAGUCUGAACAGCCUGCAGUUACUAGUUAGUUGUUUACUGCCCCACAACAGAUGGAAUGUAAAAUGGGUAAGGAUGACAAUGCACGCGUUUUGUAUAGUAUUUCACUUUGGAAUAAACAGAAGUGCCUUUGUGUAAUCGAGUCAGUUGAUCGUCACAGUGUCGAAGAACGGAUGAUCGGUCAGUUGGAUAAUCCUGCAUAUGGAGGUGGGUUUAUUAUAAGUUUUAUCUAGUCGUCGGAGCUAUAAGCCUUUGAACUUUAUAAGUGAUUGGGUGUCUUUGAAUUCCGCGAAACGAGGUGUGAGGUUGUUCGGAGAUGCCUACUCGGAACUAAACUAGAAGUGAUGUUUGUGUAUACAAUAAGUGGAAUGGGAGGGACAGUGUAUAUAUAUAGGUGAGAUUGUUUGUAAACUGGUGUACUGGCCUAGUAUUCUUACGCUAGUUUCAAUUUGAAGUCAACUAGUGCGAGAUGUUAAUGGCGCAGUCAUGUCGCAUUGAUGUAACUAGUUUUGCGGUGAGUUAACGAAGCUUCCUGUGAGAACAAUCGUGCAUUCAGGAUGAGAUUAAUUCGUGUCUUAUUUGAGCGCUUCCCACGAAUUAGAAUCAGAACAUUCAAUAUUAGAGUAUAAUAGCUUGGAGCGAUUCGGGUCUCUAUCGACAUCUGUAUCUGAGUUAGCAUACCAUCUACUCUUGUCGAUUACAACAUUUUCA